AGCAGUUUCUGGUGAACCAUGAAGAUUUUCCUGGUACUCGUGAAUGUGUUUCUCGGCUGUUUGGCGGCGCCAAAUGGCUGGAUAAUUGGCGGCGAUGAUGCCACGGCGGGAGAGUUUCCGCACAUGCUCUCUCUCCAAUGGCACUUCCUGGAGAUCCGCAGACACAACUGCGGCGCUUCGGUGAUCAACGAGAGAUGGGCUCUCACGGCGGCCCAUUGCGUGACGGGAACGGUGGUGGAGCAGGGCGGGCGGCUGAGUGUGAUUGCCGCCGCGUGGGACUUCCGGGAGCCCGGAGAGCAUCAGCAGGAGAUCUUCGUGGAUCGAUUUGUGAAUCAUCCACUGUAUCCGGGCGGCAAUCUUGUGGCUCCGCACGACAUUGGCGUGCUGCAUCUCGAGGAGGCGCUCGUGUUCAGCGACUGGGUGAAGCCCAUCGUCUUCCCGCAGCCCAACACCGUCGCCACGGGCACUGGCGUCUUCUCUGGCUGGGGCAACAUCCAGUCAGACCCGCCGGCUGUCUUCCCGGACAUCCUCCAGCGCGCCGACAUGCCCAUCCUCACCAUGUCGCAGUGCCACGACGCUCUGGUGCAGUUCGGAUCGUCGCACUUGCUCAAUCUCGAGGGCGACAUCUGCACUGGACCGCUGACCGGCGGCCUUUCCGCCUGCAGUGCGGACUCCGGAAGCCCGCUGGGCCAGUGGGACGGAGAUGACUUCAUCCAGGUCGGCGUGGCCGCUUGGACGAUCUUCCCUUGCGGCCGAGUUGGCGCCCCGACAGUUUAUGCGCGCGUCUCGGCGUACAUUGACUGGAUCAACGAGAAUAUCGCCGAUUGAGUUGUGAAACCAUUGAAAUUCUAACAAAU